AUAUUCAAUGACCCCAUACACGGUCAUAUAGAGUUACACCCUCUGUGUGUCAAGAUCAUCGACACUCCAGAGUUCCAGAGGCUACGGUUUAUCAAGCAGCUUGGGGCUUGUUACUUUGUUUAUCCAGGGGCUUCGCACAACAGAUUCGAACAUAGCCUAGGAGUAUGUCAUUUGGCAGGAGAACUGGUUCGGGCCAUCAAAAACAGACAACCACAGCUCCAUGUUUCCAGCAAAGACAUUCUAUGUGUGGAGAUUGCUGGACUAUGCCAUGACCUCGGCCAUGGUCCAUUUUCUCACCUGUUUGACAGGAAGUUCAUCCCACAGGCCCUUCCUGAUGGCGUCGAUUGGGAGCAUGAAGAAGCCUCUGUGGACAUGUUUGAUCACCUGGUGAAAAAGAAUGGACUGGAUACAGAAUUUGAUAAGUAUGGCCUCACAGAUAUGGAUCGUACCUUCAUCAAGGAGCAAAUAAAAGGACCGUCCGAAGAGGGAAACAUGAAUCUUUGUUCACCUGAGGUAAAUGAUUUUUACAAGGGUGAAGCUGUCUGGCUUUCUGAUCUGACAGAAAUGAUGGUUUUAUUUUUGCACCCAUUCAACACCAACUGGCGAUUUGAAGGACGUGACAAAAGCAAAGGCUUUUUGUAUGAGGACAUGUUUAACACGCGUGUAACACUACACAAGCGAGCCUACCAGCAUAGAGUGAAUGCCAUCAUAGAACACAUGAUAACAGAGGCAUUUUUGAAGGCUGACGAACACCUCAAGUUUCUAGGAGCUGAUGGAAAACUGGUCACAAUGUCUCAGUCCAUACACGACAUGGAGGCUUAUUCCAAACUGACUGACAGUGUGUUUGACCUCAUUCUCAUGUCAACAGAUCCGAAUUUGAAGGAAGCACGCGACAUUCUCACCAAAGUCCUACAGCGAAAACUUUACAAGUGUGUGGGACAGACAAAACCUAAGGACCAAGUCUACAAAAAGUCGGAUGCGGAGUGUAUCAAAAAGGAGAUCGUGGCCAAAGGACAGGAAAAGGACAGACAGAAUUUGGAGGAUAAUCUCAUUGUUGAGAUAAUAAGCAUGGAUUACGGUAUGAAGGAUUCCAAUCCCAUAGACCAUGUUCGUUUUUAUGACAAGAGGAAUCCUGAAAAACCCAUGGUUAUACGAAAGGAAGAGGUAUCCCGUAUGACUCCUAAGGAAUUCACGGAUCAAAAUGUCUACCUUUUCACCAGGAGGAAUGAUAAAGAAUUUUAUCAGACGGCUAUGGAGACUUUCAAGCAAUGGUGCGGGGACAAACAAUUCUCUCAACCUCGGGGUGGAACCUUCGCAAAUGUUGAGUUGACGCCGUACAAGCGACGAAGUUCAGAUACAGAAGAAAGUGUGAGCAAAAAAGCAAGGCGAGACAUCGCAAAAACAAUGUAAUCACUUUACAAAAACAGAUGGUUGAGGACUUCUAAAGGUCUUCGUCUGUUGAUGGAAACAUUUGAUUGGGGAAUCCUAAACUGUUUAGUCCUUUGAUGGAAGUAGAUGUUUGAGAAGUGCUACAGUAGUUAGUCCUUUGUGGUUACAGAUGACUGUAGCCCUGGACAGUAGAUAGCUCUUGCUGACCUCCUGUUACAGAUGACUGUAGCCCUGGACAGUAGAUAGCUCUUGCUGACCUCCUGUUACAGAUGACUGUAGCCCUAGACAGUAGAUAGCUCUUGCUGACCUCCUGUUACAGAUGACUGUAGCCCUAGACAGUAGAUAGCUCUUGCUGACCUCCUGUUACAGAUGACUGUAGCCCUAGACAGUAGAUAGCUCUUGCUGACCUCCUGUUACAGAUGACUGUAGCCCUAGACAGUAGAUAGCUCUUGCUGACCUCCUGUUACAGAUGACUGUAGCCCAAGACAGUAGAUGGCUCUUGUUGACCUCCUGUUACAGAUGACUGUAGCCCUAGACAGUAGAUAGCUCUUGCUGACCUCCUGUUACAGAUUGAUCAAUUAUUUAUGUUGUUGAUGAGUACAGUAGAUUUCUCUUAAUAUCACCACCCAUUUGUCAGAGAAAAACAUGAUAUUA